AUGCCUUACACAUUCACGUCGGAGGUCUACGAGGUCAAGACCACCCCAGCCACCAUCUCCGCGGCGCACAUGUCGCCUUCCUGGUAUGCCGUCUGGCAGAUCGCCAUCAACAACCCGGACGAGGCCGCCGCCCUGACUGAAGCCAGAGGCAUAAUUAAGGAGAAGCUCCGCUGUGAUCGGGCAUCUGGAGAUAUGGAUCACGCAAUGACGGACGAUAUGACAGCUCCUCAACACAGUCGAACGAACGAACCAGAUGAGACAAAAAAUCUGGAAUUACCACCACGUUUUAUUAACGCCGAGCGCCGAGCCGAAGAAGAACAGAGGACCGCAGAAUCCGACAAGAUUGUAGUUUCUCUUGCGAUAGAGGAGCUCUGGUUCGAACCAGUUGACAUCAAGUCACGCAACGAAAGCUUCCUAGCGAAUGACGAGAAAGCGUUCGAAGGCACCAUCAUCGCCCGCAGAAAAUGGGGACAAGUGAAGCAAAAUUGGGAAUACCUACUCUCUCGAUCCAACGGAUUGUUGCUUUGGUACAGUAACGUGAAGCAUGUGUCACAAACAUCAAAGGGUGAGUGGGCAAAGGUGGUUAAACUAAAAACCAAGCUCGAUCUGUUCAAAGUCCGCGACGAAGCCACUAUGGAAAACAUUGUUCUCAUCGAGUUCCAAAUCGGCGAUCCGAAUGUGGACCCUCUAUACCCCGACACAGCCGUAUGGGAAAACUUGACCAACAACGUUGCAAAAGGUACAUCGACCAUUGAUUCAUCCAAGAACGAGAUCAAGGGAAGGAAAGGCCUGCGGAGUAGUACAAAGGAGAAAGGUCCUAAGAGCUCACCCAACGAUCGCGAGGAGUCCGCUCAUCCAGUGAGUGUGGUUCCAGGAGCGGCAUCGACCCCCUCCGUUAGUAUUAACAGCGAUUCAAAUGCGAUAUCCCAAAUGCAAAUGCUUGAGGCUAUCCUGGAACGAGCGCAACGACGCUACCACUGGUUCCCAUGGAGAGAGGACGAAUACAACUUCUGGGAUGACGACCAGUACAAGAAAGCUAAAGCACUUGGCCUUGAAACGUCAUUCGAAGUGUUCAAAACUACGCAUGACUACUACCUUGAAUCACUGAACUGGUCUGCAGAACGGGGAAGAAAUCUUAGUGACAUCAGGCUGCGCUUUGAGCCCCAGCAGACGAAAGACCAUUUAUCAGGUGGAUAUGAUGAGCGGCCUAAGAUAGAUCCAACGAUGAUCAUCGCAAAUAUCCAGUACCUGGAGAAAAGAAGUGCGGAAGACUUGCUAGCUCUAGGUCCAACAUUACGGAAUGGCUUCGUCUCAACACUUAUAAACGAGGUGCCUCAUACGCUACACGAGCACAAUUGGGUUUUACUUCUUAUACUCACUCUCGAAACGGAGGAAGCCCUUGAAAAGGAGCUCAACAAGUGCAGUAUCAAGGUUGAGAAAGGAUGGUACGAGCGCUCCUAUUGGAAACUUCUCCUUCAGCUUAAGAGGUCGCUGAACGAGGAGACCUUCCCGGGAUUGACGGCUAGUGGUAUUCAUAAGGCGUGGGAAGGUCUGAAGCGUAAGAUCCAUGAGAAAGACUUAGAUCUAGACACUGGGGGUAAGAAAGCGCGGCCCAAAGACGGUGCCAACCAGAGGCCUAAGAAAGACGAGUCUGACACAAAGAUGAAAUCAGAAACGGAGGCCCUAAAACCCUCCUUUUCGGACGUGGAUAUCGAUAUUCCAUCACCAUCACAAGGUGUCAUCGAUUCGAACGACGAAAAGAACAGGAUAAGUGGAGAUGGAGUAGAAUAG